AUGUCCAAAGAGGAAGACCGUGCUUCCCCUUGCCGUCGCCCGCGUCGUCGCAUACGCGUCCCCAGCCCGUUGCCUUCGUUCCCCAGCCCGUCGCCUUCGUUCCCCAGCCCGUCGCCUUCGUUCCCCAGCCCGUCGCCUUCGUUCCCCAGCCCGUCGCCUUCGUUCCCCAGCCCGUCGCCUUCGUUCCCCAGCCCGUCGUCUUCCCUCAGCCCGUCGUCUUCGCUCAGCCCGUUGUCUUCGCUCAGCCCGUCGUCUUCGCUCAGCCCGUCGUCUUCGCUCAGCCCGUCGUCUUCGCCCAGCCCGUCGCCUUCUCUCCAUCCGCCCGUCGCCUCUGUCAAUCAGCCCGUCGCCUUCUGUCCCUCCGCCCGUCGCCUUCUCUCCCUCCGCCCGUCGCCUUCGCUUCCUCCGCGCGUCGCCCUCACUUCCCCCCCCCUGUCGCCCUCGCUUCCCCCACUCAUCGCCCUCGCCUUCCUGGCCAUCGCAUUCUCUACCCCUCUCAUCGCCCGUCUGUACCCCCUCCAGUCCCCCACGCUUCGCUUCACUCUCACCCACAUCCUCGCACAAAUCCUUUCUCAUCACUUCCGCCCGUCAGUCCCGCUUCUCGUCCACCCUACUCUCCAGCUUUCUUCCCCCCCACUCACUCUCUUCCCACCGCUCACUCUCUCCUUCCCCCACUCACUUUCUGCCCUGCUGCUGACUCUUCUCUCCCCCACUCACUCUCUUCCCCCCCGCUCACCCUCUUUCCCCCGUCUCACUUGCUUCCCCCCUGGUCAUUUUCUCCCCUCCUGCGCUCUCUCUCCCCCCCUGCGCACUUUCUCCCCCCCUGCGCACUCUCUCCCCCCCUGCGCACUCUCUCCCCCCCUGCGCACUCUCUCCCCCCAUGCGCACUCUCUCCCCCCCUUGCGCACUCUCUCCCCCCCUGCGCACUCUCUCCCCCCAUGCGCACUCUCUCCCCCCCCUGCCGCACUCUCUCCCCCCCUGCCGCACUCUCUCCCCCCCUGCUCACUCUCUCCCCCCCUGGUCACUUUCUCCCCGCCUGGGCUCACCCCUCUUUCCCCUCUGUUUACGCUCUAUUCCCCUUCGUUCAACUCCUCCUAG